UACCCAGACAUUUAAAAAGAAGAAAUUUUAGAGCAGUAAUCACAAUACUGUCAAACCAUGAUAUUUUUAUCCAAGGUUAUCAUACCAUCAGAAUCCUGUUAUCGGCACAUGCCUACUUAGUAGGAAAUCUCAUGAAGUUGCUAAAGGUUGCCAAAAAAGCUAUAUUUGUUGAUUAGUUGUUUUUAUAAAAAAGUAGCUUGAAUGGUCUAAAAAGUUGUCAAAUCUAGUGCUGAUAAAUGUUACGCUCCCUGAUGGGGUCUUCAGGACUAUUGUGCAUCUUUCCCUGAUGCUUCGUGUAAAGGCAGCCUAAAACACUGCACUAUAUAUUGUAAAUAGUAUUAAAACAAAGUAACCAUCAUAAUGAAUGAAACAAAAAAGCUUCUUUGUGCUUCUGUGAACUCGAGAUGAAGUCAAAACAGCUUUUCUGUGCUUCCCCACGGAAGGACCGCUUUCUUAGUUCCUAUAACUAUUUGCGGAAGUACCCGCUUUUUUAUGCCUUUGUACCGAACAACAGCAGCUGGGAACGAUUUUAGUUAUAGGAACGCAGUUUAGGGGACUUCAAAGUAGAUGCUCCAGGAACUACCAGUGACGCAAGUGUGCAGUGAUUGGCCAAACUCGCGUUAUACGAAACACCGGCACCCACCAUUCUUAAAGAGCCGUGUAAACACUUCAGCAGCUCCACGAAUAUGGAAAACAGUGAUCGAUGGACCGACGGCGAAGUCCAGGCGCUCCUCAACUUCUACGCCAGAGAGGAAAUGCAGCGCGACUUUGAGGGGAAUAAAAGAAACACCAAGAUCUUUGCAUGCAUCUCUGCUCAGCUGGCGGCGCUGGGCAUCAACCACACGGCGAAGCAGUGCCGAGAAAAAAUUAAGAAACUCAAGCAGGACUACAAGCGAAUUAAAGAUUACAACAAUCAGAGCGGAUCAGAACCUAAAACUAGCAAAUGGUACCAGCUGCUUGAUGCCAUCCUUGGUCACAGACCGGCUUAUGCGGGCAACAGAGACUCUGCUGUGGGGCUUCUGGACACCAUGAGCCCGGAGAGCUUCAGUUUACCUGCCGAACUCAAAGCUGAAGACACUUCACCAGAGUGCUCUUUGAUGGCUGAGGAACAUUUGAUUGCAGAUGCCCAUAUGAUCAGUACCACCACAUACAGCACCCCCAGCUGCCCGAGCUCUCCUCCAUCUGUCAGACCAGGAAAGAGGAAAAGGGAUGACGCUAGUGUCCUGAGUCUAGUAAAAGAGAUGAUGGAACAGGAGGAGGAAAACCGCAGACAAAGCUACAUGCAAAUGCAAAUCCUUGUGGACAUGCUUAAAGAGCAGGUGCAGAGAGAGGUGGAGGAGAGGGAGCGUCUGAGGGAAGAAGCGGCGGAGGCUCGACACCAGCAGGCUGCUUUCAUGGAGAGCCUUCUGAAAACCGUCAACAGACUCGUAGCAGGGGCACACAGCCUGCGUCUCCCUGAGCCAGUGACAAAAGAAGUAGGUUGUCAAUGUGAUGCUCCCAUUAUGAAGAGUGUGGGGGUCCAAGCAGAUUACGUGCCAAAAAGGCCAAAACGGCGUAGUAAAGCAAUUCAAGUGAGACCCAAUGCAAUCGUGUCCUGCUCGGAUGAGGAAUUUCCUGUCAAAUCUGAAUCUUUAUUCACAUUAACACCAAUUAAAAAGCCACGUUUGGAGGAUUCCUCAGAUGGGUCAUCAUGCUGCUCAGAGGAUCCUCCAGAUGAUACCCAAGUGCCUGAUAUUAUCCCAGAAGAAGAUAUAAAACUUGAGCCCUGUGAUUCUUCGUACAUCGUCGUCACCAUCUGAAUCCUCCAUUUCAUCAUCUGCAGAGAACAGGAUCUGACCGGCACAAGAGGAAGUGGGCAAAGAGAAAGAAAACUAAUAAACAAGCAGCGGACUGAUUAUAGUUUGUCCAAUAGUGAGAAAUCUCCUUACAAACCUAAAUGGGGUAAAAUGACUGAGUGACAUGUGUUCUGUUCAUCCUGCAAGGUAAACACUAUAUUACUCUGUUUCAAAUAGAAAAUCAAAUGUACCCAGAGUUCAUGACUGGAAGCUUGGCGGUGUCUUAAAGACACAUCAGUUGUAAACAUACUGGCUUCCAAACUUUACAUUCAUUCUAGAAUGUUGGUUAAGUAAAAGGGAGGAAGGGAUGUACUUUAGGUCAUGGGUUGAGGGAGGAUUUGGGCUCAAAGGAAAGCCCAAAAUAUGAAUGCUGUCGUUCAGAUGUUUGAUGGGCAGCAAGUGUCUUUGCCAAAGCAAAUCCAUGUAUAUAAAUCCAGAUUUUCCAUGUUCAGACUUUGUGCUGAUUGUUCAUUUCAUUGUUAUGUACAUUCCAUGAAUUAUUAAAGAUUACCAUUUAUAA